AUGUUGACAUUUCAUCAACUGAUUCCAUUCGUUACCAGAAGACUAUUGUCUUCAUCAAAGAAACCAGCUUGGUGUUCAAAACUACCACGUCCACAAUAUUCUUUACUUGAUCGUGUUUCAAUUCAAUCUCAACAAUGGUUUGAAGUCUAUCGUAUACGUCCACAUGUAUUUGCUAUUUAUGAACCAUAUCAUUGGGAAGAAUCAAUAUCUUAUCUUGUCGUUGGUUCUAAACAUUCAUUAUUAAUUGAUACUGGAAUGGGUAUUGGAAAUAUUCAAGAAAUUAUUAAUUCUCUUAUUCCUUCAUCAACAUCAUUGAAAGUUAUCAAUACACAUACUCAUCAUGAUCAUGUUGGUGAUAAUUGGCGUUUUUCAGGAUCAUUAUUAGGUGUUCAUUCAGAAUUUGCUCAACAGAAUGCACAAGGAUCAAUAGAAGAAGCUCAAAAUGAAUUACAACCAGGUAUGAUCUGGGAAAAAUAUUUACCAAAAGAUUUUAAUCCUAAAGCUUAUCGAAUUCAUCCAUUUCAAAUUAAUAAUUAUGUCAAAGAAGGUGAUGAAAUUGAUCUUGGUGAAAAACAAAAGUUAAAAGUGAUUUCAACACCUGGCCAUGCACCAGAUUCAAUAUCACUUCUUGAUGAAAAAGAACGUUUAUUAUUUGUUGGUGAUACUUUCUAUCAAGGUCCAAUUCUUCUUUAUCGUCCAGAAACUAAUCUCAAAGAUUUUUUACAAUCAUUAGAAAAAUUAGCUAAAAUCAGUACAAAAGUUGAUUUAAUAUUACCUGGUCAUAAUAUACCGAAUGUUGAACCAAAUUUACUUAUAAAAGCUGCAAAAGCAAUGCGAGAAAUUCUCGAUGGAAAAGAAAUUUCCAAAAAAACAGAUGAUGGAAAAUAUGAUGAAUAUUCUUAUGGUGAAUUUUCCUUUGUUCUUGAUCAAUCUUUUUUGUAA